AUGCCUAGCGCAAAAUUCAUCAAUGACGAAAUCGCUCUGUCGGCGUACGAUAUUUCGAAAAUAGCCCUGGGUAAUAACACAAGGGCUGACACUCGAUUCAAAGGUGUCACUGGGGAGAUUAAAGAAUUUACUCUUUUCCGUACAGAUAUCUUGAAUGGACAGGAAUAUAAGGACGUCCGGCAUGUUGACACUGAUAUGAUUUUUGACGCUAAUAAGGAAGUUAUUCUGCGCGGUGACAGUGAGUAA